UCUAGCUUAGAGGAAAAGUUAAUUCGAAAUUCCUUGAAAUCAAAUAAUCUGGGUAAAAUGAACACAAUUAAGAUCUUCUUUGUCAUUAUUCCUCUAGUUAUUUCUUCCAGCAUUGAUCAAGAUUAUUUAUCACUCGAUUCUGUAUCUCCAGAGCCAAAAUCAAGAUUUGCUAUGUUGGACGACGUAAAAAUUUUAGCCAAUGGCCUCCUUCAGUUGGGACAUGGUCUUAAAGACUUUGUUCAUAAAACCAAGGGUCAACUUAAUGACAUAUUUCAAAAACUUAAUAUAUUUGAUCAGUCUUUUUAUGACCUAUCCUUGCAAACGAAUAAAAUCAAAGAAGAAGAAAAGGAACUCAGAAAAACUACAUCCACACUGCAAGUCAAAAAUGAAGAAGUGAAGAAUAUGUCACUUGAACUCAACUCGAAAAUUGAAAAUCUCCUAGAAGAAAAAAUUCUACUGCAAGAAAAAGUGAGAUAUCUGGAGGAACAGUUAACUCACUUAAUCAAAGACCAACCUGAAAUUCAGGAACACCCAGAAGUAACUUCACUUAAAACAUUUGUAGAACAACAAGAUAACAACAUUAAGGACCUUCUCCAUACUGUGGAAGAACAGUACAGACAAUUACACCAACAGCACAGCCAAAUAAAAGAAAUAGAAAAUCAGUUAAGAAGAACAAAUGGAAUUCAAGAAUCCACUGAAAACUCUCUUUCAUCCAAAGCAAGAGCACCGAGAACUACUCCUGCCCUUCACUUGAAUGAAAAAAAAACUGACGAAUAUGAUAAGAUAAUUUGAUGAAGUUCCUCCUUACAAACUAUUAUCACCAAAUCCCUCAACUUUUGGCACUACCAUCAAAACUAAGUAUCCAAAGGGGAGGAGAGCUAGUACAAAGGUGAAGGUACUUGCCACGCAUGUAGCUGGGACCACAUUCAAUCAACAGCACUGCAUGUCAUAUGGUCCCUUGAGCAACCAACAAAACUGAAACCAAUAGCA